AAACGCGUUAACUUGACAAACUUGCUUUCAAAGAAGGUGAAAAUGCUGUUGAUGAGAAAGGCGCUAUAAAACAUGGAAAACCUUUCUGACGAACAAAUUGCAGAAUACAAGGAUGCCUUUUCUUUGUUCGACCGUGAUGGCAACGGCAUUAUCACCACCAGGGAACUGGGCGCCAUAAUGCGAUCUCUGGGGUUUAACCCAACUGAAGAAGAAUUACAAGCAAUGAUAAAUGCGGUGGAUUAUGACGGAAACGGCGUCAUAGACUUUCCAGAGUUUGUCAAACUUAUGGAGAUUCAGAAAAAACCAGAUGAACGAGAGGCAGACAUGAUGUUAGCAUUCCGAAUUUUUGACGCCGACAAUAAGGGGUACAUCGAGUCAGCGGAGUUACGCUACAUACUACUAAAUAUGGACAAACGAAUUCCGCAGGAAGAGAUUAAAGAGCUGAUGGAGAUUGCUGAUUUAGAACGAGAUAGAAAAAUAAGUUAUCAAGAAUUCCUCGAUUUAGUCGAAAGUCACAGAGGACUGUUUUCUUAAAAUUACGUGACCUUACAUAGUGAACAACAAAAGACAAAGAAGUAUUCACCUGCUUGAAGAAAGCUUAACAUACCACCAAGAUUUGAUAACUACCCUGAAAUGCUGGCGGUUUUUACAUGCGCUUUACCGUUUUAUGUUAGCUAAGGAAUAAGCAGUGAAGUCACCACAACCAACAUCCGUCCCAAGUCUCUCGCGGCUUCACGCUCAAAGCCUUUGCGCACACAAAACCUCAAGUUUCUCCUCUACUACGUGAAGUUACACUGUGUAAUGCUUGAGACAGUUUUCGAUGUGAACUGGCUAGAUCUUUUUUCAUCUAUAUCUUUACACCCUGAUAUUAGUAUACACAUUCUCCGCACUGAUUUCACUUCAUUUUAUUGUGGUACUUACAAUGAGAAUUUGUAUGACGGUCAGGAGCUUCUUAAAUUGCUGAUCAUUUCCAUUAUUCCCAUAUCCUUAACAUUUGACCCAUGGGUGAUACUGUAAGGAGAAACUAGAAGCUGGUCAUUCUCGAUGAAAGCCCCAAAUGAUUACUUGAUGAUCACCUUUAGAAAAGGGAGGUAGUAUUCCCACAUAUGUGCGAAAGAGUCUGACCUUUUUAUUCUUUUUCCUACCGGUGCGUCACUGGUAGGUCAGAUAGCACUCUAUUCUUGGCUACUAUUGGACCAAGUCAUUGUAAGCUUUUUACUACAAAAAAAAACAAAAAAAAAACAACAACAAAAAUGAUGGAAAACUUCAAUUAUUC